AUGUCAAGAAGAAGAACACCCAAAAGUGCCCGGUCAGACACAAGUGAUGCAGAUGUUGAUGGCACAGAAUUAGAGAAAGCCAAGCUACUAAGGCAGUACCGAAUCAUGGAUGCAGACAGACAGGCCUACAGAAUUCAUGCCCAGCAGCAGAUCCACAAACAACAGCAGGAAAUAGAAAAGCUGACGGCCGAGCAGGUGGAGCUGCAGCAUAAGCUUGGUGCUUAUAAGAGCUUGUCCCGUUUAAAAAAGGACAAAAAGGACGCAGAGGGCUUUAAAGCUCUUCAGGAGCAGAGAGACCUCCUGGGGGAAGAGUUAGAGAAGGAAACACAGCAUCAAAGAGAGCUACAGAAAGAGAUCUCAAGCAUGGAGAUGAAGCUGAAAGAGCUGAGGAAAGAGAAUGCCAGCAAAAGUGGCACCCAAAGAUCUGUGCAGAGGCGGAAUCAGGAGGCCAUAUACACACUUGAGAACAAACUGCAAGGAGGAUUAACAAAAUUCAGUGAGCAGUUGACCAAGAACAGCCGCCUCCGGGAGGAGCUACAGACUCUUCAUAUCGAGCGUGUACGUUUCCAGCGACUUCACGACAGGUUGGUCCAGGAGUGCAAAGACGUCAGGAAGAAGAUAAGUGAAGCAAUCCACUUGUCGAAUGCAGCCCACGAUGCGAGGGUGGAGGCUCAGUCCAAGUUGGCGAUGAUGCGAGAGAAAGCGGGGAAAGAGCUCUCCCAAUACAACACAGAGAUGAGGGAGCUCGAGAGGGUUAUUUCACACGAGUGCAGUCUCAAAGACUUCAUCACCACUAAAUACAGCGAAAAGAUGGACCAGGAGGGGACAGAACCCGUUUUUUUUGCAUAAGGUUUGGAGGAGCAGCACUCAAAAGAGUCGAGUGAGGAGUCACCGGAUGACCUGGAGGCAUUUUUUCAGAAAAUUCAAUCUGUUACAGGGGAGGAUGACCCAGAAUUGAUGGUCAGCAGGUUUAUCCAAGCUGAAGACCAUAAUUUUGCACUCUUCAAUUUUGUAAAUGAUCAAAACAAUGAAAUUGAGGUGCUGCGGGAGCAAAUCAGCCAGAUCCAGGAAGAGAUGAAGCACUUUCAAGAGAAAAGUUUGCAACAGAAAGAGGACCAUCGCUCUUCACUAAGAGAUGUUGAUGCACGGCAGAAAGUUGCUGAAUUACAAACCGAAGACUUUGAAAACCGUGCCACCAUAUUAAGCCAAACUUUGGAGGAAGUUAAAAAAGGAGUGAGCAGCAUUGCCUCUAAAGUGGAGUGUGACAUGGAGGACUCCAUCAAUGACAACAACAUUAUGCCAUACUUGAGUGCGGUGGAGCAGAAGACCAACCAACUCCUCAAUAUACAAGCUUUUCUCGAUAACAAGGAAAUUGGCAAAGCCUACAACCCAUCCGAUCUGCCCAAAUUCCUUUUUGGCCAAGACCCAGAGAUGCUUCAAGAGAAUGUUAACAUCCAACCUGCAGUCCAGAGUGGAGAAUAUGACGCGGACAACUUGCUUGUCCCGGAUGAGGAAGAGCGGCCUCUCUCACAGGGGGAACUCCGCAGAAGAAUUUUGGAAGGGGUUAGUCAAAGAGAGCAUUUAGGGUCGAAGUUGGCAACAAAAAGCUUCAAAACAAGUACACGUGUUCUUGAAGAAACAGCAAUCGCCAUGUAA